UGUUUGCAGAGCUGACUUUGUGGUUUUCAGGGUGUAAUGAAAUGUCUUCUGUUUCCAGAUUACUUCAUUACACAGAGAAGUAGAGAAGGUGAAGGUUGACCAGAAGAGACUGGAUCAGGAACUGGACUUCAUUCUGUCCCAGCAGAAGGAGCUGGAGGACUUGCUGACCCCUCUGGAGGAGUCUGUGAAGGAGCAGAGCGGGACCAUCUACCUGCAGCACGCGGAUGAGGAGCGGGAGAGAACCUACAAACUGGCUGAAAACAUCGAUGCUCAGCUGAAGCGCAUGGCACAAGACCUGAAGGACAUCACUGAGCACCUGAACACAUCCAGGGGCCCAGCAGACACGAGUGACCCUCUUCAGCAGAUCUGUAAAAUUCUGAAUGCACACAUGGAUUCCCUGCAGUGGAUUGACCAGAAUUCAGCUGUGCUGCAGAGGAAGGUGGAAGAGGUGACCAAGGUUUGUGAGAGUCGCCGCAAGGAGCAGGAGCGCAGCUUUAGGAUCACCUUUGAUUGAAACACCCCCCUGUUCAAAGGAUGGAUAUAAACACCUCUGUUUUCUGUGCAGGUUUUGAGAUCCAAAAUGAUGACCUGGCUUUUGUUUCCUUUUCUUGCAAUAAAUUGUGUUGUUUGUUCCCAAA